CCUUUUCAAAAGAUGAAAAUAACUGUUAUCUUAAUACCAAGAAUCGAAAAGAAAAUAUUACUUGUACACGAUAUCGGUAUGUAAGAUUUCUGUCGAUAAAAAUGUUGCCGACAUGGCAGCAAUGCAGUUCUUCUUAGUAGGUAGAGGACGCACGUGCUGCUAGAAAUUAAGUUUUUUGUUUGGUUAGAAAUUUAACGGAAAUUGCAGAGAUAAAAGUGUUAUUAUUAGAGGAUUGUUUUUCACGGAAAUCGUAAGUUCGUUGAAUGUUGAACAAAAUCCUUAAGGAUUAAAUAAAAUAGUUCAUUUUAUUAUGGCACGAGCUCAUCAAUACAUAAGACUAUUGGAUGAUACAACUACUGAAUUUGAUACUCCACAAAUUUCUGAUUCUAAUGGAGAAGAAAUCAUAAUCAAACAAGAGCCAUGUGACAUGAAUGAUGCAAAGAUGAAUGACAAUUGUGUAUUAACUAAUACACAGCACAAAGAUAACAAUCCAACCAAGAGUAAUAGUAGUCAGGAAAAAAAUGUUCCUUCUACUGUUAAAAAUCUCAGUAAUGGUGUAAUAACUAAUCCAAACAAAAUAGUAUCUAUUUCAAUGGAUAAUGCAAUAACUACAAAUAGUAAGCAUAUACAGCAAGAGAAACGUUCAGUUAUCUUAGAUGAAAGUGAUCAAAAUGUUAAUACAUUAAAAACACAUGAUAAUAUUAAAAAAUCUUCUAAUAAACUAAAAAAGAAUUACGUACGGUUACGGCGUAGGAUUUAUUGUAACAUAUGUUUAUUAUCGUUUUCCGGUUGCGCCUCUUUGCUUAGUCAUAUAGCUUAUUACAAAAAAAUUCAUAAAUAUUUUUGUAACAUUUGUUCUUCCAAAUUUUGUUAUCACAUUAAAGAGCGAAAUUUUCAAAAAUUGAGGAAAGGUAAAUUUUUAGAAUGCCAUUAUUGUUAUGCACAGUUUCGUAUUAAGUCAUGUUUACAAGCUCAUGUAGCACAUCACCACCACAUUAAAGAAAUAAAUGAGAUGAACAUUGUAGAAAAUGAUACAUCUAUGAUUAAUCAUUCGACUGUUUCACAUUCUGUUACCCCAAUCAAACAUAAAGUAAAACAACAAAAAAGGAACAAUAAAAUGAAAAUAAAAACAGAAAGAACAAUUCAUGAAAAUGUACAUAACUCUGAAGAGAGUACGUGUAAAUUAUUAACAACGAUUAAACAAGAGGAAACAGAAAACGAUGAUCAAGUAGAUGAAUUAUCGAUGGGUCAAAUAGUUUCAAAUGUACCGAAAACUAAAAACAAACCAAAAGAAAAUAGAACGCAUUUUCAACCAUUUGUUCAAAUACACGUUAAUAAGGAUAUGAUGGAAGCUCUUUUUAGAGCUUCAGAUAACAGUGUCCUCAACAAAUCAUUGCAAUAUGAUAGUAACACUGAUAGUAAUGUUGAUAGUAAUAAUACUAUUACUAAUAGUAAUACUAUUAGUACUACUACUACUACUACUAAUAACAGUAUUAUUAGAAAAUCUUAUGCAUUGCGUUCCUUAAAUAAUUCGAGGGAAAAUAAUAAUAGCGUAACAUCGCAUACAGUUGUACAGAAAAAUAAUCAAAGCGAUGAUAAAUUAAGUAUACUUUUAAAUACAUGUAAAAAAUGUAUAAUUCCUUUGGUAAAAUGCGAUGAUAUUGUAAAUGUAAACAAACAAACUAAAUUGAAUUUCAAUAUUUUACAAUCUAAUACACUAUCGUCUGAGAUUUUACAAUCACAACAUAAUCAUAAAUCUAUUAACUUUAAAUUAACACCAAGAAAAAGAAAACAUACUACGUCUUUUGAUCUAAACAAUUGUACUCCACAAAUGAAUCAUUCGGAAGAUUUAAAUGCAAUCAAUUCCUCUAUCGAAAAAUCGCCCAUAAAAAUCACUCGAAAACGAAGUAUUUAUGGUUCAUUACAAUUACCUAUAAACAAUGAUAGUAUAAAUAAUAGGAAAAAAAGAAGAACAGAAUAUACUUGUAAGAAACUUGUUAAACAUCGAUUGGUAAGUAAUAAAAGGAUGUUUGGUCAAAAAUCGAAAAGAUCUCCGAGAAAAAAUAAUAUUAAAAAUUCCGAAGUUUCACCGACUGUUAAGAAACUUAAUACUAAAAUAUUAGAAGGCACAAAACUUUCAAUUAACAAUGUUGAAUUAAUGGAAGUUAAAGUAUCUUUGGUAAAAUUACCGGAGAUUAAAAACGAAAUAAUCAAGUCGACAAAUAUUAGAAACGAAACUUUUCCUUGUCAAAUUUGUAAUUCAUUGUUGUACUCUGAGAAAAAUCGGAAAAAACAUGUCAAGAAACUUCACACGGCCUAUAUUUCGAGUAUUUGCAAAGCGAAGUAUACCUCGAAACGACUUUUAUUGAAACAUUUUUUAAAAGAACAUUGUACGUGGAUCAGCAAAUGCUGCGUUUGUCAAGAAUCCUUUAGCAACCGAUUAUUACUAAAACAACAUUUGCUUUUACAUUGUAUUAAAAUAACUUUAUCGAAAAAUGAUCGUCCUAUUUCAAAUAAGAAUUUUCAAUGUAACCGAUUGAAAAAAAACAAGUGCAAGCCUACUGCUUUAAAAAUAAUACUGCGAAUGCAAAAGCAAAAGCCAUCGAAGAAACAUCUAAAGAUUAAUCGCAAUGAUAAUAAUUAUGAUGUUAAUAAACCAACAGAACAUCAGGAAAUCUAUAAUAAUGGUAAAAAUAAUAAUGGUGAAAAUAUUAAUGGUAAAAAUAAUAAUGGUGAAAAUAAUAAUGGUGAAAAUAAUAAUGGUAAAAAUAAUAAUGAGAAACAAACGGAACAUCAGGAGAUUGAUAACGGUGAAAGUAAUCAAGUAAAAACAACAGAACAUGAAGAAAUUAAUAAUGAUAAGAAUAAUGAAGAAAAAUCAUUAAAACUCGAAGAUAUCUAUAUUAAUAAUAAUGAUAAUGACGAUAAUGACGAUAAUGACGAUGAUAUAGUAAUAUUAGAGGAUAAUUUGAACGCAAAUAACGCUGAUAAUUGUGUUGACUUAAUAGAACUAUUAGAAAGUGAUAAUACUGAAGUUCCUUGUUCUAGUAAUAUGAUAGAAAAACCAAUACUGGAUCCUUCGCAAGUCGUUGACUCAACAUUUAUCAUUUGUAAUCCUAUCGAGAAUACGCAAACAAAACUAACAUUAAAUAUUAGUAAUUCGAUACAACCGAGUGUUAACGACGAUAAAAAUGAGUCUAUAACAGCUGUAGCAGAAAUUACAGCAGAGAAGAAAAAAUAUCCAUGUUCUAUUUGUAAACAACAAUUUCAAAAGCUUGAAAGUUUACAACAACACAAACGUACGUACGAACCGUCUUCCAGUAAUUAUUGCUCACAAUGUGGAAUAUUUUUUUCGAGUAAAAGUACAUUGAAAAAUCACACUGAUGCUACUCACAAUAUAACAAUUAAUAAUUCAUAUAAAAUGCAUUGUCAAUUUUGUAAUCAAGGUUUCCGUACUCAGAACAAUCUUCGAAUACACGAGUUGCAUUAUCACGCAAUAGCGGUAACUAUAAACAAUAGAAAAAUCACGGAUUUCUUGCAAAUUUCGAAUGGCAAAAAUAAUCGAUCGGCAGAAACUAGUUGCCAGAUUUGCGGCCUAUAUUUUGACACUGUUGAACGUUAUCAGUUACAUCAUACAUAUUUUUCUAAUGAUCAUAUAUUUCCCUGUAAAAUAUGUAACAAAUUAUUUUACGGAUUGUACAUGAUACACCGUCACAACAAACUUUUUCAUCGUUCUGCGGAUACUUUGACAUUUUGUAAAUACAAAUGUAUACAUUGUUACGAAGUAUUUGCUUCCGAGUUACAAUUUAGAGCUCACAUGUUUCACGUGCAUCCAAACAAACAAUUAAACAAAUCACCGUUAAAUUCCAUAAACUAUAAUCAAACUAAUAAAUUUUACGUAUGUUUCAAAUGUAACAUAGCAUUUUUUAGUGUUACCGAACUCUUUAUACACAUUCAAAAUUUUUCGAAUCACGGCGAUUAUAAAUGUUCCAAAUGUUCUCGUCAGUGUUAUAACUUGUCGAUAUUAAACGAACACAUGAAUUUGACUCAUCUCGAUAAAAAGUUAACGAAAAAAUAUAUGUGUAAUAUUUGCGGCGAAGUUUUAUUGUCUGAAACUUUUCUCUUGUGUCAUCACAAACACGUACACGAUGAUUUAGAAAAUGAACAAAUUGUAUCCACUGAUACUAAUCAAAAUCCUACAAAUGAUUUAUCUAUUGACGAGAUUACUGAUGACGAUGUAUUAAAAAUCGAUAAUGAACUAGCAUUACUUACAAAUCCAUCAAAUUUUUCUUGUUCGAUAUGUCCCGUUAAGUUUGACAAGGAAAUUCAUUUGAAAGAACAUUUGAUCGAAUAUUUGGAUUACGGCGAUUAUCAGUGCAACGAGUGUUCGAGGCGAUUCGCAAAUAUUGAUUUUUUGAAUAAACACGCGGAAAAUCAUUUGAAACCUGGUAUGGCCAAGACUGAAUAUUAUUGCCUUCUUUGCAACGAGGUUUGUAAAUCCUCCAUGAUUCUUGAAUCACACGUUGCUCAUUUGCAUGCACGUAUUAUUUUUAAAGAUCAUUCACCGAAAGUUGUUUAAGACUUUUGAAUUUUUUUUUUUUG